UAUGCAAAAAACGAUUUUAGCUUUGCUAAUUGUUAUGUGUACAACACUUCAAGUGCAAGAGCUACAAUAGGCCAAUAAAUAAUUUGAUAAACUAUCUUAAGACUCUCCUGUAGGAAAAUUCUUAAUGGAUUUGGCUUAAAUUCAUGCAGAAGUAUAAGGACCAUUAGAUGAUUUAAAAGAAACAAUUGAAAAAUUUUAUGAGAAUUUGCAAGAGAGUAUCUCAUAAUUAGAUGGUGAAUUUCAAUCUAAAUAAGCAAUACAUUUGAAGUAGUUUAAUUUAAUCAAAUAGGGUUCUUUAAAAUUAUGAAUCUAAUUAAUAAGAUGCUUAAAUUGAUAUUGCUUAAUCAUAAGAUUAAUUAGAUAAUGUAUUAUCAAGAAAUAAAGAAAAUAUUGAAAAGAGAUUAAAAUAGAUCUAAUAAAAUAUUAAUGAUAAUAGAUCAAAUAUUUAAAGAGACAAAUUAUAAAGAAAUCAAUAAAAAGAUUAAAAUGUUGAACAUAUUCAUGAACAUCAAUAGGCAACCACAUCAAUUGAUGAAGCAUUAUCACUUGUAUAAGGUUUAAGUAGUGGAAAUAUUGCUUUUGUUGAAGCACCAAUGAAAAAGACUUUAGAUUAUAUAAAAUAAAAAGUAAAUUCAAAAGAGGAAUAUGCUCCAUUAGUAGAUGCAUUAAUAAGUUUAUCUGGAACAUAAGAUACAAAAUAAAUAAAAGAAUUGUUAAAUAAAUUAAGAAAUUAGAUUGUUGAUUCAAUGAUUCAAUUAACAUCAGAUGAAAAUGAUGCUUAAAAAAUGUUUGAUGAUCGUUAAAAGUAAUUGGAUUCAGAAUUUUAAGUAAAUAAUAAUUUAAUAUUGAUAGGAAUUCUAAACUUAAGUAAAUUAAGCAACUUAUGAUUUGGCAUCUAUUUCAGCUAGAAUUGAUUAAGAGAAAGAAUUUACAAAAUAGAGAUAAAGUGAUUUAGAUAUGUACAAUAGCUAAAUUGGUAUAUAAUAUAUUAAUAUUAAGAAAUGGAGAAUAAUAAUUUUGCUGCAAUUACUGGAUUAUAUAAUGAGAUUAGAUCUGUUAGAUUAAAGGAAUUAAAGAUUGCUGAAGAUGCUAAAAAGUAUUGAAUAUCUAUUAAUUAUAAUUAAGUUUCGCUUAUUCAUCACAAUUUAGAGAGUUGUUACAAUCAAAAUUGAACAAAUGA